AGCGGUAGGCGCAGUUGGCCAUCUGCAUGGUAAUAUGCCGCACUUAUUAGCCACGAGCGCUGCCUACCAUGAUUGGGCACUUGGAUAUCGGGGACGCGUGGCGAUAUCAGCCGGCCACCACCGUAUCAACCGGCAGAUGGGUUGCAGGAUAUGACGACAGGCAUGUCCAUGAACGAUAUAAUCUCAUCUUUGUUCUUUCUUGCGGCCGCCGUCUCUAGCUGUCUUGUGCUGCUCAGCCGGCCACCACCGCCUCCCUCAACCACCAUGCUCCCACAAAACCUCCACAGCCUGGCCCUGGCCGCCACCUUGGCCGCCGCCCAGUUCCAGUUCUACCCUGGCCUCAACCACCUCCGCUUCGGCUGCUCGCAGAUCACCAUUGAGCGGCUCGACCCGCUCGUCGACCCGGGCGCCGUGCCGAGCCCGCACACGCACCAGGUGGUUGGCGGCAACGCCUUCAACGCCACCAUGCCGCACGCUGACAUAUCCCAGCUCGCCACCUGCACCACCUGCGGACCGGCCGACGACCUGUCCAACUACUGGACCGCCAACGUCUACUUUCGCGCCCGCAACGGCAGCUACCGCCGCGUGCCGCAGGUGCCCAACCGCUUCUUGUUUGGCGAUCGCUUCACCACCAUGACGGCUGGGGGUAUGACCGUUUAUUACAUCGCGCCGCGCAAGAACACCGUGACGGCCUUUAAACCGGGCUUCCGUAUGUUUGUCGGCGACGUGAUGCGGAGGCUACCGCUGUACAAAAUGCAGAGCUGCUUUCGCUGCUACUCGGGUCCGGACUUUGGCGGCGACGACCGCGCCCCGUGCAGCGAUCCCAAGGUCGAUACCGAGGGCUUCCCGCCCCGCCCGUGUCCCGGCGGCAUCCGCUCCAACAUCCUGUACCCGACCUGUUGGGAUGGCAAGAACCUCGACAGCCCCAACCACAAGGACCACGUCGCGUACCCCAAGACCGGCCCGUCCGACUUUCUAACCACGGCCGACUGCCCCGCGAGCCACCCGGUCAAGAUCCCGCAGCUGAUGCUGGAGAUCGUCUGGGACACCACCGGCUUCAACGACAGGUCCCUGUGGCCUGCCGACGGGUCGCAGCCGCUCACGCUGAGCACGGGCGACACGACGGGCUACGGCCAGCACGGCGACUACGUCUUUGGCUGGCGCGAUGACGCCCUGCAGCGCGCCAUGGACGACGACGGCUGCUUCAGUGCAGAGUGUGGCCGGCAAAAGUCCCAGGACGUCGCCGCCGCCAACCGCUGUGUUAUCCCCAAGACGGUUACCGAGGAUGUCGAUGGAUGGAUCGAUACGCUGCCAGGCAUAAACAUGGCGUAACGGGAUGGUGAGGGUUGCAGAAGGGAUUUAAUGGGAAACUUUUUUAUUAUUAAAUACUAUCACGCAUACUCAGCCGGUAAUUAUGGUUCAACCCA